AUGCCCCCUCGGAAGAAUGCUUUUGCUCACAAGAAGAAUACAAAUGAGAAUAACCAGAACAAAAAUUCGUACCAAAAGAAGCCGGAGGUGAUUCAGAAACAACCGGAACCAUUUGAGCACUUGAUACCAAGAAUUGAGAGAUUUGAGACGAAUCUCGAUGAGCAUGAUUCUGCGAUUCUAGGUGUGCGAAAACGAAUGGAACAGUAUGAGGAGGAACGGAAGGAAGAAAAAAGGCAGGAAGAACUUGAAAGAGUCGAAGCCGAGAAGGCUGAAAAGGCCGCUGAAGAAGCUGCUGAAAAAGCCAAAAUUGCCGCUGAGAAGGCCGCUGAAGCCGCUGAAAAGCAAGCAAAGACAGAGAACCAAAAGGAAAACGAAGCUUCGAAAGAAAACCAAGUUCCUGGGAACAAUUCCAAAGACUCCAACAAGAACAAGAAUUCCAACAACGCGAAGCCAUUCAACAAUUCCAAUAAGAACAACAAGAACAAGAAGCGAUUCAAGUAA